CUCACCACUACACUCGUCACUCUCCCUCUCCCCCUACACCUCCCUGAGUUGCCUCCUACCCCCCCGCCCACAGCCUCCCCGCCGUUCCCCCUUCAGCAUCAGUCUUUGCCUCGGGGUCAUAUAAAUAAUUUCUGUCACAGCCUUCAGUCGCAGCACAUCCCAGACACUUCUUCAGAAGGCCUGGACCUCUCUUCCCUGGACCUGGUCUCGCUGGACACCCUAGACUACCUCUUCCCUGAGCCGCCCACGCCGCCCACGCCCCUGCCGGUGUCCCUGGAUGAAUCUGGGGGUGACCUUGGGGUGCUGACAUCCCUCACGCCCGGCGGGGAGUGCAUGGGCGUGCCGGGGCAGCCCACACGCCCCCCACAGAGCCACGGGUUGGAGGAGCAGCUAACCCUGACCCCCGCAGCCCUGCCAGCCCUGGAGGCCGGCCUGCCGCCAAUCGAGACCUGCCCCUGCCCCUGCCCCUGCGCGCCCUUCGGCAUCGACUUGCCCCCUGACAUGACGUGGGCGGCGGCGAGGGGCGAGGACAUGGGCGGCGGCUUGUUCUCUCAGCUACUGGAGGAUGACACAGACGAGGCACCGCCGCCGCCGCCGCCGCCGCCACCUCGCCGCCUCCUGCCCACAUUAUUUCUACAAGGCCACGACUACACGUCCAAGCUGCCCCCGCCACCCCCGCCACCUCCCAUACCCCCACCAGGCCAACGAGCCCUUCCCCAUCCACCUAGGGACGUCCCCCCACCCCCGCCGCCGCCGCCAGCGAGAGGAGAGGUGCGUGAGGAGGAGCGAGUGUUCCAGUGCACAUACGCGGGGUGCGGCAAGGUGUACGCCAAGUCGUCCCACCUGAAGGCGCAUCUCAGGAGGCACACCGGCGAGAAGCCCUUCGUCUGUACCUGGACCGGGUGUUCGUGGCGCUUCUCCCGCUCCGACGAGCUGGCCAGGCACCGAAGGUCACACUCAGGAGUCAAGCCCUACAGGUGCCACGUGUGUGAUAAGCGCUUCUCCAGAUCUGACCACCUCGCCAAGCAUCAUAAGGUGCACAGAAGGGACCGCGUGCUGGCUCUGUACGGCCCCCUCUCCUCCUCCCUCCCUCCCAGACGAUCCCGCCCACAGCAUCCGCCCGCCCACGCCCGCCCACAGCAGCCUCCCGCCCGUGGUGCAUCGGGUGGAGUUCCGGGCAGCACGUCCCAUCAGAGUGUGUCAGUAGUGGGCGUGGCGGUAAGCGUGGACGUGGGCGUGUUUGGUUUCUCACUUCACGCCCAUGGUCUGGAUUGGGCGUGUUUGUGUGUCUGUGUGUUUGUGUGUAUGUGUCUCAGUUCCUCAGGUUAAGAUCUUGUUUUUCGAGUUGUGAGUGUUUACUGUGUGUUUUUCAAAGUCCGAGUUACGACCGUUUUACGAAUACCAAGUGCCUUUUUCCUCGAGUUACGAACAUUUACGUGAGUUAUGAAUGUUUUUUAAGUGCCUUAUUCUCGAGUUACGAAUAUCUCCGAGUUGCGAACACAGCUUCCGAGUUACAAACAUGUGCUCGAAUUAUGAACACAUCCUUGAGUUACGAAGGUGGCUAGUUCCUCGAUUAUACUCAUGUGUCUUGGAGUUAGGAACAUAAUCUCGAGUUUCGAACACAUCUUUCGAGCUACAAACAUGUGCUCGAGUUAUGAACAUUUCUCUAGUGCCUUGUUUCUUAAUGUGUGGAUGCUCACUUGAGUUACGAACGAAUCCUUCCAAUACGAGCAGUUUUAGGAAUGUCUGCUUCAGGAUGUGACGCCGUGACCUUCAUAGAAAACGUGCGUCUGGUGUCUCUCAUGGCUGACUCAACUACAAUGCUCACAAUAAAUAAAUAAAUGAGAGGAAAUGCUGCCGUAAUGGUUUCUAAUAUUUUUUUUAGGUAUUUCUUUGUUUUUCGUUUUCUACUGCCUUGAAAACAUAAAAAAGAACAAAAGUCAAAGAAAAGAACAAAAAAGUUGUCUAGUGUUGCUUUCUAAUUGAGUUUCUUUAAGUUUUUAGUUGUUUGUGUUGUUUCUUUAGUUAUUUCUUUCGUUUUCUUUUUAAAGUUGAAAGAAAGUGAAAAAAAACAAGGAAUUUUUGUCUUAAUGAUAUUUUCUAGUAUGUUAGUCUUAAUUUCUGGCUUUUCAUUAGCUGAACAAGAAAAAAAAAAAAAAAAUGAGAAAAAAAAGAGAAAGGGACAAAAUGUUACUAAUGAUAUUUUGUAGUUGUAUGUUAACCAUUAUUGUUAACGCGCCGCUUCCGUGCCACUUCCGUACUGUCGCUUCAUAACACUGCCCGCGCGCUGAGCUGACCCACAAGCCCCGCCCACUCCGCCUCCAUUAGCUGCUGUACAACUGACUGCUCCGAUAAUACAACUUGUUUAUUUAUUCAAUAUUAUUCAUUUAUUUUUAUUUAUUUUUCAACGUCACUGUAGAGAAAAGAACGAUAUCAGAGAGCAUUAGACCCGUUCGUAAAAGGUAAAAUAAGGAGACAUUUUAAUGAAAGCAGCCAUAAUGUGAUUGUCGAUGGCCGCAACCUCACUGUGAAAUGAAAGAAAAAGGAAGGAAAAUAAAUGACGUGAAAAUAUUAACCCUUAAACAAAGAAAAAAAAAAAAAUUGAAAACAAAGAAGUAGAAAAAGAGAGAAAAAAACACAACAUAAACACAAGCAAAAUUUGAAUAUUUACACUUGAAAACUAACUUCCCCAAAAAAUUAAUAGAUAAACAAACAAACAAGCAAAAAUAAAACAUUGACAAUUCAGAAAAAAAUCGAAAA